AUGACUGUGAAGAAUUCAGGCUCAUCUGAUGAACAGAAGAAUUCUGGCAGUUUUCACAGCAGCAGUGAACGUGUAAAUUCACAAAAGACAUUGGAUAUUACACUCCAUGGAGUUCUUUUAUGGGCUUCAAUGGGAUUCUUAACGCCUCUUGGAGUACUAACAAUAAGAAUGUCCAGUACAUGGGAAUGCCACCAGAAGACGCGAAAAAUUUUGUUCUACGUUCACGCAAUUCUGCAGGUGCUAUCAGUACUACUAGCUACAGUUGGAGCAGCUCUUUCAAUAAGAAACUUUGAGAAUACAUUUUACAACAGUCAUCAAAGAAUAGGGUUAGCACUUUAUGGUGCAAUCUAUGUUCAAGUUUUGAUUGGAUUCAGAAGACCUAAGAGGGGAACAAGACGUAGAAGUUUAUGGUACUUCUUGCACUGGAUACUAGGAACAACAAUAUGUUUGGUGGGAAUUAUAAAUGUGUACACAGGAUUACAGGCAUACCACAAGAGAACAUCAAAAGUUUUUUACCUCUUUCAAGAUAAAUGGGACUACAUGAAAAAGCAAGGGAUGAUACCAUCAGAACCUGUGAAUUCAAGAAUGGACAGCACUCAGAAGGAUACUUUUAAUGAGGAAUGCAGAAAAAGCAAUGCACUUGGGACUCACUUUUCAAGGACCAAUGCACUCAAUAAAUUGUUUCAAUUAACAUGA